AUGGGAGAUACAAAUAUAUCAAGUUUUGAAGCAAACACAAUUCAUUCAACCAGUAGAACACCAGUUUCUUUAGCAAUGGCUACUCCAAAAAAUCCUGAAAAAUUUACUGAGGAAGAAACUCCUAACAAUGAAAAGUUUAUUAUGACUGAGGCAUGGACACAUUCUAAUUUUCUUUGCAAUAACUACAUACUCAAAGGAUUGAAAGAUGGCUUGUAUAAAGUCUUCAGUGUUUGUAAAACCUCUAAAGAACGCUGGUAUGCUCUUGAGAAGAAAUACAAAACUGAAGAUACAGGCUUAAAGAAGUUUGUGGCUGCAAAAUUUUUGAACUAUAAGAUAGUUGAUAGUAAGACUGUGAUGUCUCAAGUCCAAGAUCUACAAGUCAUUAUUCAUAAUCUCCUGACAGAAGACUUCAAAAAUUAUGUGAAGCACAAGAGAAAGGAGAUGACUCUUGAAGACUUGAUUGUUCGUCUUAGGAUUGAGGAAGACAACAAGGUUGCCGAAAAGAAGGCUAGAGGAAACUCAACAAUUAUGAAAGCAAAUAUUGUUGAGGAUGGUCCAAAUAAAUCAAAAAAGAGGAAUAAAUCUUAUGGACCGAAGAACUAUCCUAGUAAAAAGAAGUUCAAAGAAGACUGCCACAACUGUAAAAAAACUAGACGUAAGGCUGUGGAAAAUCGUGCUCCCAAGAAGGAAAAGAAGAAAGAUCAAGCCAACAUGGUUGAUAUGAUUUGGGAUGUUGAAAACUUAUGUGCAAUGCUGAGCGAAUACAACCUAGUAGAAAAUUUCAAAGAAUGGUGGCUUAAUUCAGGAGCCACAUCAUAUGUUUGUGCGGUCCGAGAAGCCUUCGCUACUUAUUCCCCUACCGCACCUGAUGAGACUAUCUAUAUGAAAAAUUCUGCAAUGUUAAGGUUGAAAGAUAUGGUAGAUUAUUCUUGA